UAUGAUGAUAUGAUUCCUAAUUCCUUAAGAGAUAUACUUACACUCAAACGAUCUCGGCGCUAUCAAGUAGAGAUCAGGAAGGAGAAGCAGGGUGCCACUGUGCUCGACGGAGAGCACAGCGUGUCACUAACAUAGGAGAGACGACGGAGGCGCCACCGGAGCCAUGGAAGAAGGGCAAGACGUAAAGGAGGCCACGUCUAAGAACUCAGAGGAUUGGGGCAGCACUAAUAACAACAGCAGAUGCGACGGCGGUGACAUGAUCUCCGUCCAAUUCAUGCAGAAGAUCCUUGCAGAAAUUUUGGGAACCUACUUCAUGAUCUUGGCGGGGUGCGGCUCCGUGGUGGUGAACCAGAGCACGGGCGGCGCGGUGACGUUCCCGGGGAUCUGCGUCGUGUGGGGGCUCGUCGUCAUGGUCAUGGUCUACUCCGUCGGCCACGUCUCCGGCGCGCACUUCAACCCCGCCGUCACCAUCGCCUUCGCCACCUGCCGGCGCUUCCCGUGGAAGCAGGUGCCGUCCUAUGUGCUGGCUCAGGUGCUGGGAUCCACGCUGGCGAGCCUGACGCUGCGGCUGACGUUCGGCGGCGCACACGGGCACUUCCUCGGGACGACGCCGUCCGGUUCGAGCACGCAGGCGGUGGCGCUCGAGUUCAUCAUCUCCUUCUACCUCAUGUUCGUCGUCUCAGGCGUGGCCACGGACGACAGAGCGGUUGGUGAACUGGCUGGUCUCGCAGUCGGUGCCACCGUCGUGCUGAACGUGCUCUUUGCCGGGCCGAUUACGGGGGCGUCAAUGAACCCUGCGAGGAGCCUAGGGCCGGCGAUCGUCGCCUGCCAGUUCGGCAGCGUGUGGGUGUACAUCGUCGGCCCGGUGUGCGGGACGGUGGCGGGAGCCUGGACCUACAACCUCAUCCGGCUCCCUGGAAAGGCAGUUAGAAAUGAUUAGGAGGAUGUACUUCCUUCGUUCCGAAAUACUCGACAUGAUUAUAGUUCAAAUUUGAAGUAACUUGAACUAAAACCACGUAAAUACUCGACAUGGUUAUAGUUCAAAUUUGAAGUAACUUUAACUAAAACCACGCCAAGUAUUUCCAAACGGAGUUUAUAGUAUGUUACAGAGGUGAAAAAUGUACGUGCGCUCAUGGGUGGUUUCCUGAUAAACCAGACUCAUAUUCCUUUCUUUCACAUUUGCCCAUGAAAUUAGUAUUUGGCAUCAACAAUACAAUCAAUCUGGACAAACUUUUCCA